AUGGUUUUGGACAAUUUUCUGCCCAAGCCAAAUGUGACUGCAAAACCAAGCAACGCCAUUGAGGAAUUGCAUCCAGUUCAUUUCUUCUGCAAUGCACCCAAUGACCUAAUGAUUACAUGGUUUAAAGAUAGAGAACUUUACACUAAUGAGUCCCAUCUCUUGGACAAUAAUAAGACUCUUUUAAUUCCAUCUGUAACCAAGAAUGAUACUGGGGGAUAUCAGUGCCAAAUUACCAACCACACCAGCACAAGAAUCAGUGACAUUUUCAACUUCAACGUUGUCUAUGGUCCAGAUACACCUGCAAUCGAGCCAACCCAACGAUAUUAUAACGAACACACUAAAGUUCUGCUCACCUGCAAAGCUGAUUCAUUUCCCCAGCCACGAUAUGUUUGGUUUCAUAAUGGAAAGAAAAUAGACACCGGGCCAAAAUUAUUCCUUGAAGAUUUCGUGGAAGACAAAACGGGGAGCUAUAUCUGCCAGGCUGGAAAUGAUCUUCUUCAGAAGAAGAGAAACAGCAGCAGCCUGGAGAUUUACUUGGAAAAAAGUCGUGUAAGCAACAUUACCAUCAAUCAUCCACCUGAGGCCAUCGAGGGCAAGCUAAUCUCCUUGCACUGCAUGUCAAGAGGUGACAAUGUUUCAUAUUCCUGGACCAAAGGGGGCCAGGUGGUCCGUGCCGAUGGCCGCAUCUCUUUGAAGAACAACAACCAGACCCUUGAGUUGAAUCCAGGGUACCGAAAUGAUACUGCAGAUUAUAUUUGCCAUGGUAACAACAGCAUCUCUUCCAACCAGAGCGAACCCUAUCACUUGGACAUUAUCUAUGGACCUGACCCUCUGAUUAUCAACGAGACUAUUGAUGUCCCAAAAGCGCAGAUCAAACUGACUUGCAAAGCUGUUGUGCAUCCUCCUGCCGUUUAUACUUGGUUUUAUAAUGGAACAGAACUGGAUAAUAGGAUUUUCUUUCUGAAAAUUAGCCCAGAGUAUUCUGGAAAUUAUACUUGUAGUGUGAUUAAUCCAAUCUCUUUCCUGAAGAGAGAUGCCACCUUGGGGAUCAACAUGAAAAGAAAGUUUAAAAGCCUAAAAUAGAAAUGAAGGAUGGAAAGACAAGGGUCUUUCAUUCUCUGAUUUCUGAUGGAAAACACCAAGGCAAAAAAAAAAGUAAAAACAGCAGCUCGUUUGAGACUUCAGCUGCUUCAAAAUCACUUCGAUUUUUUGAAAUCUGUACCUCCCUCUUUAAAGCCAAGUCCUUGGAGAUCUUAUCCAUGCAAAUAUUAAUUACCCUAAGUUAAAAACAAAUCAUGAUCACUAUGUAUUAGGGUGGCCAUUUUAUUCUCAAAGGCAUAGGAUUCGGAUCUUCUAAUUGCAUUUUAAAAGUGCUUUGAAUCAUUGGUUAUUCAUACAUGACAGAAGAAUGUCCUUGCUUUGUUUAAGUUCUUAUGAUAAUGUAUUCAUUCCAAUACUUGCCUAUGAUUUCUCACGUGUGCAGAAAAUGUGUGCAGUUAAUCACAAAUGCACAGAGAAGCACGGAAAUUUGUAUUCA